AUGUCUGCGUCGAAAUUAGAAUGUUGUUGUGGGAGGGGUGAUUGUGCGUAUCUUGAGCAUAAUUCAGCUGCUCUGGCGGAGUUGGAACGGGAUGUGGAAACUGCUGCACGGCUUGGUCAGGCUCUACUUAACCGUCAUGAAUCCUACAAAGUCGAAGCUGAGAGCACCCGAGACCGGAUGACCGCAGAGAUGGAGAAACUGCAAACGAGCAAGAAAGAGACAGAAGCUGAAAAUGCACGGAUAGUAGAAGAGAACCGUGGCCUACUUGACCAGCUGGAAAAGUUGAACCAGCUCCUUAUCGAAUCGGACGCGCAGGUUAGGACGUUGACUACAACGUUACAGAGUACCCAGCUGGAAGUCAGACGUUUGUCAUCUUCUACCAAACGUGUUGAGCAGCUAGAGGAACAACUGCUUGAGCUGGAGAACGAGCAAGCUAAGCUGGAGGACACUCUCAUCCUGACCCAGGAAAGCGAGAGUGCGGCAAUCCAGCGAUGGAGGAAAGCCGAGUGUGCGCUCGGUGAUCUACAUGAUCAAGUUGAUCGGAUCGAAAGGGAGGCCAGGAAGGAGCGUGAGAGGCAUGUCGAGCUUGUCGGAAGGCUAGAAAGACGACGGAUGGUCGAAAGAGAGCUGGAUACAGCUGCUGGUCGAAUUAAAGGCGCUGCGGCUACUGCAUCACUAUCGCGGAACGGAAACGGAACGAACGUGGUAUCUCAUUUCGUGCGGGACAUAUUGAAGGAUAACGCAAAUCUCCAGCAAUGUGUUACCGAGUUGAAAGAGAUGCUUCAUAACUCAAAUGAGGACGUCAAAUAUCUACGCGAGCAACUUCUACUUAACCAGCCCCUUGACACCAGUACUGGCGAGGAGCAUACCUACGGCAACCUUGUCCCCCUCAGUGAGGAACUCGAAGAGGACAAGAUACCAGAUCAAAUGCCACAGGAAAUCCAUGUUCAUCAUCACUUCCAUAAUCAAAUCGUAACACCAAGAAAGGAAAAGGCGAUCCCCAUACAUCGACGCCAGCGGAAAAGACGGCCUGUCUUGCCUCCAACUCUCCAUGAAAAUCCCUCCCGGGCACCUCCAAUGUCACAGGCCAUGCACAGGCCCACCAAUUCAGCGUCGUCCGUUGCUAGCGCCUUUUCCCAAGCUUCAUCUUCGCUCCCAGGACCAGGGUCUGCCCUGUCCUCGAUACCCAGCUCACCGCUUUCAGGUUAUAGAUCGUCGUCUAUCUUUGACCGCCAUGAUUCGGGCUUUGAAUCUUCGCGUCCCACUAGUCCGGAGAGCGUAAUAUUUUCGCCCCCACUAUACAGCAAACAGAGCCAUCGUCCGAGACUUUCGGACGCCUCAUUCCGUUCCAUUAACGAAACCGAUGAGCUCGACAGGACUGCAUCUUCUUUUCCAUCAGCUGAAGAAGUAACUAGCUCACAGCCUGAUAAAGACGAGAACCAGCCGCUCGGCUGUAAUAGAGCGGAAAACGGUACUGUUGAGGAAAUACCCAACUCACAUCAAGAGUAUGACGGCGAAAAUAUAUGCUCAUCGAAGUGUGAUGAUUCAGCGAAUGGUCCUGGCGAUGAAGUGGCAUAUGACCUCAACUCAUCCAUCCAGCCACUAGAUGACACUGCAGAAGUCCAUACUAGCACCCCGAUUCAGUCACCAAAACUUUCUCGCCAACUUCAUCGCUCCAAUUCCCACGAGAGCCUUUUGUCUAUCUCUGGCAUGGAUUUACACACCACAAGCAAACACCCUGCCUUGGCUUUACGAGGCGCCCCUAGUUUCUUCCCAAGGCCUCCAAAGCGCGUCUCGAACACCAGCAUAAUGUGGCCAUCCCCCUCACCAAUAAUCUCGAAGACGAAUGCAGUCGUACCCAAGGCAUCUUUGACCGGGGAGCAGACUUCGGUUUCCUUACUAUACUCAGUUGUAUCGUCCAACACGAGAGGAAACCUUCGUGCUGUAUCCGACAGUGCCUCCCAAAUCCACAGCGAUACCGCUUCCACCAUUUCAGCUUUGUCAGAUUCUACCAUCCCCUCGAAAGCCGGAGUACCUGCUCGAAAUAUUGGCAUCAGAAAGCGCAUGGGCACCUGGGUACGAGGAAAGUGGUCCAUAAACGCAGUGGACGAACCAGACAGCAUUGUUUCCUCGCUGCCGACAGGGUCUUUGGUAGCAAGACCGCCGGGGGUUAAUCAGAGCGGCCCUAUUCUUGGCCUACGUCCUCCUCCGCCCGCGCCAGUAUCACUUCAUCCGGAAAACCUCAAUCACGACCUACUUCAAGAGACUCUACUUGAGGAGUAA